AUGACUCCUCGCGUCGAUGAUUUCGAAAACGAUAAUCUAUCCUCCACCGAUGACGACGAUGACGACGGCUUCAAGGAGGAUAUGGCCGCGCUCUCCCGAGCCUGCAUGAUCGUUGUCCCAGGAGCUGACGAUAAUUCCGCCGCUGAAGACGAUGUUCGGUCGGUGGACCCGCAAAUUGAUGCUGGCACCGCCAUCGUUCCUGUCGGCACCGACUCGGACUCCGACGAUCAGGACGACCUGGAAUGUCUCAAGAGAGUGCAGAGCCUCUACCAGCCUCUGUCCGUUCUUCCGCCGCUUGAGCCGUCGGCGGCCGUGUCUGACGACGACGAUGAGUUCGAUGACCUCGAGACCGUGCGCGCCAUCAUGAAAAGGUUCGGCAACUACAACGAAGGUUUGCGGGAGGGUGGAAUGGAAAUGUUGGUCGAGGGGGAUCAGACCUCGAGCCUGGGCUGUGAAGAUGACAUUGCUAAUGGCUCAAUCCGUUACGAAUCAGAUGGUGGUGAAUUAUGUCCUGUUUCUCAAGAUCCUAAUGAGGCUGCCACAGAGGAGUUGAUUGAAAACAUUGAAAUGCAGCUUAGUGAGUUUGUUGAGAGUUCUGAACCUGAUGGCUGGGAGUCAUCCAGAUUACCACAGAAAAGAUUGAGCUGUCCUCCUGUUGUUCAGUGUUUUAUUGAUGCCAUUAAGAAAAAUAGGGAUAUGCAGAGAUUUCUUAGAAGUAAGUUGGUUGAGCUUGAGGCUAAAAUUGACGAAAACAAAAAGAUAAGGAAUAGAAUUAAAAUUCUUAAGGACUUCCAGGCUUCAUGCACUAGAAGAACAGGGAAUGCAUUGUCACUGAAAAAAGAUCCGCGUGCUCAAUUAAUAUCUGCAAAAAAGUCUUCUGCUUCAAAGAAAUCUAAGAAACAUAAAAAGGCAUCUGCAAUGUGUUAUGGCCCAGAAGAGAAUUCUCAUGUUGCUAAUUAUAGGAUGGUAUUGGAAAGAUUUCCACUUUCAUUGGAUCGGAAAAAAUGGUCCAAGGCAGAAAGGGAUAGUCUUUUGAAGGGAAUUAAGCAACAAUUCCAAGAAAUGGUGCUUCAACUUUCACUUUCAGUUGAUAGAACAAGUUCCGAGGGCUUGCUUGGAGAUGCAGAUGACAUGGAUGAUAUAAUUGCAUCUGUUAAAGAUCUUGAAGUUACACCAGAGAGGAUUAGAAAUUUUUUACCUAAAGUUAACUGGGAUUUGAUAGCUUCCAUGUAUGUUGGUGGCCAUACUGGUGCUGAAUGUGCAUCAAGUAAGAGUUCAAGAUCAACACAUCAUGCAGGUGGGGUUGUACAUGACAUGAUUUUUAACAUGGUGGUGCUUAGUAUGUCUGUGGUGGUUGUCAUCACAGAUGUCGGAUAUGUAGACCGUAGAAUAGUGUGGUUGAAUUAUGAAGAUCCGAUGAUCAACCAUGGUCCAUGGACUAAGGAAGAGGACAGGUCUCUUUUACUUAUUGUCCAAGAUGCAGGCAUCAGGAAUUGGUUCAAUAUUGCUGCAGCAUUGGGCACAAACAGGACCCCAUUUCAAUGCUUGUCACGAUUCCAAAGGAGCUUAAAUCCUUCCAUGCUAAAUAGUGAAUGGACUGAGGAAGAAGAUUCUCAACUCUGUUCUGCUGUGGCAUACUUUGGUGAUGGCAAUUGGCAGUAUGUGGCUUCUGUUUUAGAACGAAGGACAGGAACCCAGUGCUCAAAUAGAUGGAAAAAAUCCCUUUGUCCUGAGAAGAAAGGGAGCUUUACUCAAGAGGAGGACAUACGUCUAACAGUAGCAGUCAUGCUCUUUGGACGGAAAUGGAAUCAAAUAGCUAAAUAUGUUCCCGGCCGGAUCCAAUCUCAGUGUAGGGACAGAUACCUCAAUAGUCUGGAUCCUUCUUUGAAAUGGGGUGGAUGGACCGAGGAAGAGGAUUUAAGACUAGAAACUGCAAUUGCCAAGCAUGGAUAUUGCUGGUCUAAGAUUGCUGAAGAAGUACCUCCCCGUACUGAUUCUCAAUGCCGAAAGAGAUGGAAGGUAUUAUGUCCUGAACAAGUUCCUUUGCUUCAAGAAGCAAGAAAGAAGCAGAGGUCUAUUAUUGGAAGUAACUUCGUUGAUCGAGAAUCUGACCGCCCCACCAUUACACUUAAUGACUUUCUACCGAUACUUGCAUUAGCUCCAAAAUCUGAUGUAGGUGCUUCAAAUCUCCGGAAGAAGCGCAAGUCAAGCAAUGUUACCAAGAAAAUGAGCUCCAGGAAACGUGCAAAGAGAACUCGACGUUGUACCAAAGAAGUACAAGAUACAGAGGUAUACAACGAGGAUGAGUUCUAUCCAGUCUCUGCAUGCAGCAAACUUCCCAAGAAUAAGAGGAGGUCCGAAAGACAUGCAAAAAGCAGUCGAAAUGGUCCCCAAGAAUCAGUGGACAUAUCUCGUAGUGACAAGGUCAAGACAUGCAAUGAGGGUUCAGGAACCCAAUCCACUAUUGCGUAUUCUGAAAAUCAAGAUCCAGACAGCAUGACCCUUGCAUGUUUUAUACGCAAGAAAUCAAAUGAGGUAUUAUCUAGUUUUACUAAAACUCUGAGUCAGACUUCCUUCUCCAGGAUUAGAGACGUUCCUGAGCAGGUUGAAAGUCAAAAGCCAUCUGAUCAAAGCGGCUUGUCUCUGUCACGUGAUACUCUUGGAACUGAAAAUUUGUUCGUGCAGCCGAAUAUUUCUGAUAGACGAGUGAGAAACCCAGAGGAUACAAAUACUUUGACAAGUGAUGAUGACGACGACCGCAUGACCCUUGCAUGCUUUCUGGGAAAGAAACCCAAAAAUGUGUGUCAACCGGCUAAACGAAAUGGGGUAUACUCUUCCAAAUUCAAAACAGGAUCUGUAUUACUAAAUGAAGAACAUUGUGCAAGCAUCAUGUCUGAUGACAGUGGACCGUCAAUGUCAAAGCAUGUUGAAGAGGACACUUUUUUACAUGGUUGUGUUGCUGAACCAAUGGAUAUCAUUGUGGAAGAAAAGGAUGAUGAGCUUUUGACUUCCUUCGUGCAAAACAGGCCAAGGAGGGAGCGAAAACGUCCCACAUGCAACAUUGGAGUGAUUUCAGGUGAACUUCCCUCUUAUUCUUCGGAGUAA